AUGUUCAAUCUCUUUCUUUGGCAUGCUACUUUCAAAUCAUUUCUUUCUUUUCUUUUUCUUUCUUUCUUUCUUUCUUUCUUUCUGUCAUUCAUUCUUUCUUUCUUUCAUUCAUUUAACUUUCUUUUUUUUUUUCAUCUUUUUUCUUUUUGUUUCUUUCAUUUUGUUCAAUGUUCAAUCUCUUUCUUUGGCAUGCUUUUCUUUCAAAUCAUUCUUUCUUUCUUUUUUUCUUUCUUUCUUUUUCUUUCUUUUGUCAUUCAUUCUUUUUUCUUCUUUCAUUCAUUUUUUCUUUUUUUCUUUCAUCGUUUUUUCUUGUUUCUUUCAUUUUGUUCAAUGUUCAAUCUCUUUCUUUGGUAUGCUCUCUUAAAAUUCUUUUCUUUCUUUCUUUCUUUCUUUCAUUUUCUUUUUCUUUCAUUCAUUCUAUUUUUUCUUUUUUUCUUUUCGUUUCUUUCUUGUUUCUUUCAUUCAAUGUUUCUUUCAAUUUCUUUUUCUAUUUUUUCUUUCUUUUUUUUCUUUUUUCUUUUUUUCUCUUUCAUUUUGUUCAUUUUUGUUCAAUUUUCUUUUUUCUUUCUUUCUUUAUGUUCAUUUUUUCAAAUCUUUCUUUCUUUUUCUUUUUCUUUCAAUUUCUUUUCUUUCAUUUUUCUUUCUUUCUUUCAUUCAUCAUUUCAUUCAUUCUCUCUUUCAUUCAUUUAUUUUUUUCUAUUUUUUUUCUUUCAUCGUUUCUUUCAAUUUGUUUCUUUCAUUUUGUUCAAUGUUCUUUCUUUUCUUUCUUUUCUUUUUUCAUGCUACUUUCAACUUUUUUUUUCUUUGUUUCUUUCUUGUUUUCUUUUUUCUUUUCUUUCUUUCUUUCUUUGUCAUUCAUUCUUUCUCUUUCUUUCAUUCAUUUUUUCAUUUUUUUUUUUUUUCUUUCAUCGUUUCUUUCUUGUUUCUUUUCAUUUUGUUCAAUGUUCAAUCUCUUUCUUUGGUAUGCUACUUUCAAAUCAUUCUUUUUCUUUCUUUUCUUUCUUUCUUUCUGUCAUUCAUUCUUUCUCUCUUUCAUUCAUUUAA